GGCUGUGAAAUUUAUGUGACAUAGAACCAAAUAAUAAUUAUAUCAAGUCCUUAGAAUAUGUCUGACAAGGAUAAAAAUGAAAAGCCAGAGCAGUUGGAUAAUUCCAGUCAGGAAGAUGCCAGUCAGGAUAAUGCCAGUCAGGAAGAUUUCACAGAGCUCGAAGCCAGUCAGACCCUUUUGGAGCCCAACGCCGAGAGCAUCAGCGCAUCGCCCUCGAUUCUGCGACCCAUCAACACUCCCAGGCGAGAUGUCUCGAAUGCUCCCUCGAUUGUCCUUUCGCUGCCAGAUACCGAAAUGGAUAACGUGCCCGAAGAAACCCCGGAGCAGCGGCAACGAAGACGGAUGAGGUUCCUCGAGUUGCGGCGGGAACAUUACAACUAUAUGCAACACAGUGAACAGUGCAACAUGUCGGAAACGGAUGAUGAAGAUCACUCAACGAGUCAACCCAAGACCCAGGAACAGAACAAGCCCCAAUAAAAGCCCAUUCUACAUAUACAUUUUUGUCGCUAUAAACUUAUUAUAGACAUCCGCUAAGAUCUAAUGGAUCAAUAUUCUUUAAUUUUAGAAAUAUUUAAGUUGGAUGAAA